AUGCCCGAUCCAGCCAAGACCGCGCCCAAGAAGGGAUCAAAGAAAGCCGUGACCAAGACGGCCGGCAAAGGAGGCAAGAAGCGCAGAAAAUCCCGGAAGGAGAGCUACGCCAUCUACGUGUACAAGGUCCUGAAGCAGGUGCACCCUGACACCGGCAUCUCAUCCAAGGCCAUGGGCAUCAUGAACUCCUUCGUGAAUGAUAUUUUUGAGCGCAUCGCUGGUGAGUCUUCUCGUCUGGCUCAUUACAACAAACGCUCCACCAUCACCUCCAGGGAGAUCCAGACCGCCGUGCGCCUGUUGCUUCCCGGCGAGCUGGCCAAGCACGCCGUGUCCGAGGGUACAAAAGCCGUCACCAAGUACACCAGCUCCAAGUAAAGCGCGUUACCGCCGUCUUCAUCAACCCAACGGCUCUUUUAAGAGCCACCCACUUUUCAUACAAAGAGUAAUUUCCUCUCUUUCGCUUUCUCUCUCUCGCUGUGUGUGUGUGUGUGUGUGUGUGUGUGAGGGGGAGGGGGACUUCUGAAG